AUGGAGGAAAAGAAGCUAGUGACAUUUGAGGAUGAUGUUUUUGAUUUGGAUGAUUUGUUGAAAACAACUGCUGAGGUUUUGGGGGAAGGGAGUCUUGGGACGUCGUACAAACAGAUGCUCGUGGGAAAGAAUAAGACGGUGGUUGUGAAAAUAUUGAAAAAUGUUGUGAUGGAGGAGGAGGAGUUCAAAAUAAAAAUGGAUGUUUUGGGGAAGAUAAAGAACAAAUAUGUGGUUCCGUUAAGAGCUUUUUGUAGUUUUUCAAGUGUUGAGAAAUUGCUUGUUUAUGAUUACAUGCCCGCUGGUAGCUUAUUAGCUCGUCUUCAUGGAAGUGUUGGUUCAAGCCAAACACAAUUUAACUGGGACCAUCGUAUGCAAGUUGCACUAAGUACCGCUAAGGGGUUGGCAUACUUACAUGUAGUCGAAGACAUUGUUCACGGAAACAUCACAUCAUCAAACAUCUUCCUCCAAAAAGAAAAUGAAAAUGAAGUUUCGUUGUCUGAAUACGGUCUCAACACUCUUUUUCAUAGGUCACGUUCCCUGACCCAUCGGGUCACCGGUUAUUGGGCCCCUGAAGUUCUCGAGUCACGAGAAUUUACAUUCAAAUCUGAUGUGUAUAGCUUUGGGGUUUUGUUAUUGGAGCUUCUAACUGGAAAAAUACCAAACCAUGCCUCAUUAGAUAAGGAAGGGGUCCACUUCUCUGACUGGGUCGGUCCAAUUGUAUGCAAGGAACCUAAGGUUGAGCUUUUUGACAUGGUACUAACGAGGGGUCAUAAUGUCGACAAGAUGGAACAGUUGUUGCAAAUAGCAAAGGAUUGUGUAUUGAUUAGUGAACCAAAUCAACGACCAUCAAUGCACAAUGUGGUGAGCAUGAUGGAGGAUAUGUUGUCGAGACAAUCGUCGGAUUACAACUCAAAGGGAUACAAUUCUAGGCGUUCAACGAAGACUCAUGAUACACUAAGUGGCAUCACGGUCGACACACUUUAA